UUACCAAGACUUUAUUCAGUUCAUUGUCAUUCAGUGCAAGCGAAGGCUUCAACAAGAAAGACUCGCUACACUUAGAAGACAAGGAGGUGGUGAAAAUAGCUAUAAAGUAAGAAGCUCCUGGUUUGCCAAGAUGUAUUGGCAUUUGUUUUGCAUAAUGACAUUCCUCUGUCACUACACGCACUCCUUCAAGCAGCUCGACUAUCACCACGUUGGUUGCUAUGGGGAUACGAGACAGCAGCGGGCUUUACCUGAAUACCACGGACACAAAUCGAUAGACGACUGUGCGCAACUCUCCCACACCAAAGGAUACAAGGUGUUUGGUUUGCAAAAUGGAGGCGAGUGUUGGACUGGUACUGGGGAGUAUUUAAAGUAUGAUAUGCACGGCAAGAAGUUUAACUGUAAAAAUGGUAAAGGAGGGGGCUGGUCCAAUGAUGUUUAUAUCAUCGAUGGUUAUAAGAAGCCGUGUCCUGAUACGACAGGUCUUCUUUCCAACGAAGCCAUCAAAACCUGCAAAACUCACAAAGCACGCCAUCCUCAAGCUACAUCCGGGAUCUACUGGAUGAAUCCCACUGGUUCGCAUGCAUUCCAGGGUUAUUGCGACAUGGAAACUAGUGGUGGAGGUUGGACUUUGGUGUAUAGCUAUACCUUUACUAACUAUGGCUCAUUCAGGAGUGGACUAAACAGCAUCACACCUCAACCUGAUUGGCCUGCUGUUGGCAACAGUCCACGGUCAACAGAACCACCUCUCAGUGAGACCCACUAUGCCGCCAUGAACUUUAAUCUGUGGAAACAGAUUGGAUCUGAGUUUAUGAUUAAGUCCAACAUCAACCAUUGGAUCAAGUGUGAUGAUGGAUCUGGCAGUUUGGUGAUGUGGAGGACUGGGUCGAUUCACUGUCAGGUCGUACGAAACAUCGGCCAUAAGUGUCASAACUACGUCCCAGAUCAUAUAAAGUUUGUGACUGCAGGAAGUGGUGGAAAGGACCUGGGUCCUGACUUGAUACGUACGUCAUCAACGAGUUGGCUAAAGGAGUAUUACUACUUGGAAGCAAGUACUCAAACAGCUAAUUGGCCUACCCAYGAUCCAUGUGGUACCAAUAACUUAAACCAGGUGCAAGGUGUGGCCAACCCACAUGGCAACAUUUAUGUUCGUUAACCCAUUAAAUGAUCUGCAUGGUUGGAAUACUUACAUGAUAAUUCCCUACUUGAAUCUGAGCAUUGUUUUGUUGUUACGUGCUAUUUUAAAACGUUCAGAACCAUUAAGACAACUAAACAGUGUUCAAAUCCCACUAACGAAGUAUUUGUGCACACUGGCUUASAACUUUGAAGACCGUUUUGAAAUAAAAUGCGGAUUUACACAUUCAAA